CGGGGUGCUGAACACGGUUUUGACCCCAACCGUACCGCGUCUUGACUCAUUUGAAUCCAAGCGAGGCGUAAAACAUUAUUCAACUAUCAAAAAGCCAGUCGCAAAGUCGAGAAUAGUAAUUUGGGGCGGUUUUCUUCCUUUUUUUAUAUUAUAUUUUUUUAUCCAUCUUUCGCUGCUCAGUCUGACUUUUCCGACGGUGUUCCAAUUUGACCCAUCCCUUCCAUCAAGAUCCAACACAAACUUGCUACCGCUUUCAGUUGAGUUUCCAUACGACGCCGCUCUAUCUCUCUCGCCAUGAAACUAUCCUUCUCUCUCCCUCCCAAACCAAAACCCACCCAAAAAGCGCCCACUCAGAACGCUUCCGCCCACGAAGACCAAAACCACAAAGAAUUCGUCACUGAAUUCGACGCCUCCAAAACCCUAUCCGACCCCAACUCCAAAUCCUCAUUCGUAAUCCCUCCCAAACAAAACGAAUGGCGCCCCUACAAGAAGAUGAAGAAUCUCGACCUCCCUCUCCAAUCCGACGCGUCUCGUGAUCUCCAAUUCGAGCUCGAUUCCUCAUCUCAUUUUCCCCACCCCGACUCCAAAAUCUCUUACGGUCUCAAUGUACGCAACAACUCCACCAAGGAUGACGCGGAGGACAAACAGGGAUUUCCCGAAUCCGCAGCUUCGGUCGAGACGGUCCUUCUCCAGAGUUUAAAAGAGGAUUUGAAGAGGUUGCCCGAGGAUCGAGGGUUUGAGGAGUUCGAGGAUGUUCCGGUGGAGGGUUUCGGUAAGGCUUUGCUUGCUGGGUACGGGUGGGUCGAAGGGAGAGGAAUUGGGAAAAACGCAAAGGAAGAUGUUAAAGUAAAGCAGUACGAGAGAAGAACCGACAAAGAAGGCCUAGGGUUUAGUUACAAGGAAACUAAAGAAAAAUUUCACGGUUUCAUGAAUGUCAAAGAUAAUCUUGACAAAGAAAAACGGGUAAAGGAGGAUGGAGACGGGUUUUUUGUUGGGACAGAUGUGAGAGUGAUUGAAGGGAGAGAAAUGGGUUCGAAAGGUACAAUCGUGGAGAAAUUGGGUGGUGGUUGGGUUGUUUUGAAGUUGAAGAACAGCGAAGAGGAAGUUAAAGUUCGGAUUUUUGAGAUUGCUGAUUUGGGUUCAAGGGAAGAAGAAAAGUGUUUGAGGAAAUUGAAGGAGUUGAAGAUUAGGAAAGGCAAAGAUUCGAAACACAAGCGGGAUGAAAGAAGGCAUAGCAAACAGAUUGGAAAGAGUGAGAAAAGGAUCGAAACGAAAGUUAAUGGUGAUCGAGGCGUUUCUUGGCUUACAAGUCACAUUAGGGUUCGGAUUAUUAGUAAAAAUUUGGAAGGGGGAAGGUUGUAUUUGAAGAAAGGGCAGGUGAUGGAUGUUGUUGGACCGUAUAUGUGUGAUAUAUCAAUGGAUGAGAGUAAGGAGUUGAUUCAAGGGGUUGAGCAGGAGCUGCUUGAGACUGCAUUGCCACGGCGUGGUGGUCCAGUUGUUAUUUUGUAUGGUAGACAUAAGGGUGUCUAUGGAAGUUUGAUAGAGAAGGAUUUAGAUCGAGAAACGGGUGUUGUAAGAGAUGCUGAUAGUCAGGAAUUGCUGAAUGUGAAACUUGAACAGAUUGCUGAGUACAUGGGGGAUCCAAGCUAUCUUGGGUAUUGAUCAUGGCAUUUGCCUUCUCUACUGGAACUAAUCCAUGGCAUGCCCUCUGAUACAAUCAAUAGGUAUUUUGUGCUAAACUGUGCCCUUAUGUAUAUCAACUAUCUCUGUCAUCUAUUCUUAUGAAAAAUACUGAAUUAUCUGUUGUUUGGUAAAAAAUUUUAAGGACUCCUGCUGUACUUUUAUUCAUUCUUAAAAUAAGCUUUCUCCAUUAGUGUUCAAAAGCAAAAAGCAUUCAAAUUAUAGAUUAAGAUUCCUUUCAAAUUGAAAGGGUGGAUGUUCUCUUUUCCUCACCUCUACAUGUCCCCUACCGGCCUACCUUGAUCCCACCAUGAACCUAAAGAAGAAUUGCAAGACCCCAAACUUCUGUAAUUACUGAGGAUGUUGACUGAAUCUAAUAACGAAAGUAAAAUGAACAAAACCUUGAAAGUGCUCUUCUUUAUGUUUAUUUCCGAAACUGAUAGCUGGUAUUUAUCUUGGCUUGUUCUGCCAUCUGUUUUCUUUCUCUGAUUCGUCCCUACCAAGCACUGUAUGGUAAAAUAGACUAACGUUAAGGAGAAAGGAUACUUAAAGAGACAAAAGAGCGUUCAUUGUGACACUGCAGGUUCGAGUAGCAAGGAAAACUUGCAAAAGCAUGGGUUAAUUUAGUGAUUGAUGAUAACCUAUUGAAAUUAUUUUGAUGAUCGAUCAAUUAAGCAAAUUAAAUUUAGUUUGAUCGGUUAAUUUUAUUUUUAAACACCCUUAACCCCAUGCACAAUGGUAAGUUUGUUUAAGUAGCAAAGAGAACUGUAAACGCAUGGGUUAAUAGUCCCUUGAUACACAAUAUGGAAGUCUCAUGCACUUCACCCCAUUCCGCUUUAAGUAUUUGUAAAUUCAAUUUGGAUGUUGUGGUUUAUGAUUGAAGCUGUGUGUAGAUUUUUUUUAUAUUUGAAGCUGAUAGGGAUUGAAUGUUAGUCGUUGAAAUUAAAAGUUUAAUACCCCAAUAAACAGGUAACACCAUUGUAUGUAAACUGAUAUUUGAUAUUUGAGACUCUGUAAAAUGAUGUUUGUGUUUGAGCGAAAGUUGAGUAUUUAAAUGGGAGAAAAUAUGAAAAUGCAAAGGAGGUCGGA